AUGGCUAACCUCCAUCUACGCUUGCUGGCAGCUUGGGCGUGGAGUAUAGGCGGGACGGUCAAGCUGUCACCCGAGCACCCCCUCGCUACACUCGACUACGGUACUGAAGUUGCUGGGUUUCCUUUCUUCGAAGUUGCGGGAAACACUUCAGCACAGAUUGAAGUCAAGUACUCGGAGUCGUACCCGCCCCUUCACGAUGUCAAUGCCGACGGACCAUGGACUUUUUCAAACGGCCUAGCGAAUACGUGGCGCGUCGAGACUUUCAACAUUACGGGCGGAGGUCAUGUGCAAAGCUUCUUUGUGCAAGGAGGGCAGCGAUUCCAGUCGAUCCCAACGAGCGAGCAUACGGACGUGGAUGAGCUAAAGGGCUACCUGGACAUGCAUGACUAUACCUAUAACAACAUCUUCGGUCUUGGUGGACGCGUGGUCCAGGUUGCUUGUGUGGAUGCCGGCAAUGCCCCUUCGACUUGGGAGCUGACAAAUGAGGGAGCUCUCAUUCGUGGCCAGGCCACCGCACAAUCUUCCAGUGGCGCUCUAAUGGGCGCGGCAAACUAUACAUUAGAGUUUGACACGAAAAUCGUAAGAGGAGGAACCGGUUGGCGCGUAGCCAGCGCGAUACAGCCACUCGGACCGUAUUUUGUCCUUACCUCAAACUACCCGGAGGGGAGCACGUUCCUCAACACCAACAAGACACUCCUGCCACCGAAUACCCUGAUCUUCAACAGUGACUGGAACUUGGCAAAUCAGUCCACCUUGACUACACCCGCGAACCAGUACUACCCUCUAAACGUCUCGGUAGAGGAGAACAAGUGGUAUCACGUCGUCACGGCUAUCCAGGAGAAUGGCUACAAUAUCAAGGCACACAGGGGAUUUGGUGGCUACCAGGAUCAAGUCGCUGUUUUCUCGAACGUAUCAGUCGUUGCGUCCAACAAGACUCGCAUCUACAGCAAUGACAUGAAGUCGGAAGCUGUAUUGGCCGAGUAUGCUGUAGCACCGUUGGCUGACUCCGUCUGUCUGGACGGCGCAAAGCGUGACCGCCUCCUUUGGAUUGGAGACUUUUAUCACACAGUCCGUGUGUUGGCCCUGUCCAGUGCCCGCUGGGACUACAUUACUGGCUCGAUUGAUAUUGCUUUCAGCUAUCAAUCUAAAUCCGGUCCAUUUGCCGGCUUUGUUCCUAUUUCUGCACGACUGGGUACCAGACCAGAAUAUGUAGAGGCGGACCCGGCUGGACCCGGCUUGGUCGACUACCAGGAUCUUUUCCUUGCGGCCAUUGGCGAAUACUACCGGUACACGGGCGACUUCGAGGGCCUGAAAAAGCACUGGGAGAGCAUCAAGAUGCUCGUAAAAGCUAGAGUCGCAUACGUCAACCCAGAUACCGGCCUCGUUGGUGGGAGCCCAGAAGUCCCCAAUCCGGCGUCCUUUCUUGGCCCUGGAAACGGCAGCGCAGUUACAGGAUUGAUGUCCUUCACUCUCCAGCUCAUCGAGCCUCUCGCGCGAGCUGCGCAAGACAUGGAAAUUGCAUCUUUAUGCAACGCCACUGCAAUUAAGCUUCAGGACGGGCUGAACAAGCAUCUCUGGAACCCUGAACUUGGCACCUACUCCCUGUCGGUCGAGUCGCCCGGAAAUUACUCGCUGACCGGCAUCGCGUGGGCCAUCCUCUCCGGGGCAGCAAACGAAACACAGGCUAAAUCGUCGAUCGCUAAGCUCGAAGGUUUGCGCUUCGGCCCCGGCUACAAAACAAUAUCAUCUGAUGAAGAAACACCUGAUUACGAACUCGCACCCAACCCAUCGGGCUUCCUCCUCGAAGCCCUAUUCGACGCCUACCACAAGUACGACGCCGACAGCAAGGGCGCCGUGUCUCAUCUUCUCGAUGACCUGUGGGGCAGCAUGGUCAACAAUAAUUCGUACUACAGCGGUGCAAGCUGGGAGUACGUCAAGCCUGACGGUACACCUGGCAUCGACGCAUUUACAAGUCUAGCGCACCCCUGGGGUGCUGCGCCGACAUAUGUGCUGCCGGAGUACUUGCUUGGUGUCAGAACAAAGACGGCUGGGUACAAGACCUUUUACGUGCAGCCAGCCCUAGGCUAUCUGGAUUUGAAGAAUGUCUCUGGAAGAGUCCCCACGCCAUACGGUGCCAUCAAUGUGACUUGGGCCAUCAAUGCCAACGAGGCCCAGAUGCAGUUUGACGUUCCCACGGGAACGAGUGGUGAGAUGAUGGUGCCGAGGGGGUGGAAGGUCGCUGGAAAGCAGGGUGCGAAUGCUACAAUUGAGCUGCUGUCGGGGCAUGUGCAGGUAACCUUGCAUUCUUCGUAA